AUGGGAAGCUGUCGAGCCCAGCGGGCGCCGGGCUCCGUGACCUGUGCCGAAAAGCGCGGGAGAUCGGGCAUCAGGGCGGAGGCGCGGCCUUCGCAGGCGGUCGCCCUGUGCCGCGUUCGUCCGACGUGGGCGGGGUCCCGCUCGCGCGCACGGUCGCCCUCGGCGUCGACCUGGCCAGCUGCGGGCAAACUUGACAUCCUGGACCUCGAGGAUAUCAGGCGGAGCGUCAUCUUUCUGCAGCAGCGCGGCAUGCCAAGAGGCACCAACCGCCACGUGGACUCUACCAGCACGGGCGACCACUGA